GACACUUCUGUAAUACAAGAAUCCCCUGGGACCAAAGGAAACUGCAAAACAGUGUGGGACAAGCUGGUCAACCGGGAUCUGGUUGGAGGAGAGAGAACACCUAUCCAGCCUUUGAAACACAGACUUCCAACAUGCUAGCCAUGCUUUAGCAGGUACAGGAUACGCUGGUUGAUAGCAGGAGAAACACUCACUGCCUAUUCCUCACACUCCUGAGCCAAAAGCAAACAAUAACCUGCUCUUUUCUGGCAUUUACUGUACACCAUCCCUGCAAAGAUGCCAAGGUUGGCGCUGUGGCACUUGUGGUGACGGGGGCACAGAGUGUGUGUGCACAUCCGGCAGACAGGCCGGUGGGUCAGCUGGUGUACAGGCACACCGAGACGUGUUUUCAGAGCGGGCGAGGCUGAACCAUGCGGCCCUGGGCAGGUUCAUGGCGUUGGAUUACCCUGGUGCUGUUGGCCUGGGGCACCCUUCUCUUCUACAUUGGUGGUCACUUGGUGAGAGACAGCGAGCACCCGGAGCGGUCCAGCAGGGAGCUCUCCAAGAUCCUAGCCAAGCUAGAGCGGCUCAAGCAGCAGAAUGAAGACCUGCGGCGCAUGGCCGAAUCGCUAAGGAUACCAGAGGGUCAGGCGGAAGCCGGCUCCCUGGCUGCUGGGAGACUACGCUCCCUGGAGGACCAGCUAACCAGAGCCAAACAGAAGAUCCACAGCUUCCAGAAACUCACUGGAGACGGCCCGGGGCCCACUCAGGAGGAGCUGAGGAGGAGGGUGGAGAACGGCGUUAAGGAGUUCUGGUACUUUGUGCGCAGCGAGGUGAAGAAAUUGGCCAACGUUGAGACCAGCGAGAGGCAGAAGUACGCUGACACGCUGCUGCAGGACCUGGGACACCAGGAGAGGUCCAUCAUGACAGACUUGUACUACCUCAGCCAGGCGGACGGAGUGGGCGAGUGGAGAGUGAAGGAGGCUAAAGACCUGUCGGAUCUGGUCCAGAACAGAAUCACCUACCUACAGAACCCCCCAGACUGCAGUAAGGCGAGGAAGCUGGUGUGUAACAUCAAUAAGGGCUGCGGUUACGGCUGCCAGCUCCACCAUGUCGUCUACUGCUUCAUGAUCGCUUACGGCACCCAGCGCACGCUCAUCCUCGAGUCGCACAACUGGCGCUACGCCCCCGGAGGCUGGGAGACCGUCUUCCUGCCCGUCAGUAACACGUGCACUGACCGCUCCGGGGCCACCACAGGACACUGGUCAGGAGAGGCCCAUGAUAAGGACGUCCAGGUUGUGGAGUUACCUAUCGUGGACAGUCUCCACCCUCGGCCUCCUUACCUGCCACUGGCGAUCCCAGAGGACCUGGCGCCACGCCUGCAUCGUUUACAUGGCGACCCCUCUGUCUGGUGGGUGUCACAAUUUGUCAAGUACCUGGUGCGCCCACAGGCAUGGCUAGAGAAGGAGAUCCAGCAGACCACCGCCAAGCUGGGCUUCAAACACCCCAUCAUCGGAGUCCAUGUGAGGAGGACAGACAAAGUGGGGACAGAGGCAGCCUUCCACCCCAUAGAGGAGUACAUGCUGCAUGUGGAGGAGCAGUUCCAACAUCUAGCCAGGCGCGUCCACGUCGACAAGAAACGAGUUUACCUCGCCACAGAUGAUCCCUCCCUGCUACAGGAAGCCAAAAUCAAGUAUCCAGACUAUGAGUUCAUCAGUGAUAACUCCAUCUCAUGGUCGGCAGGCCUUCACAACCGCUACACUGAGAACUCCCUGAGAGGAGUCAUCCUGGAUAUCCACUUUUUGUCUCAGACUGACUUCCUUGUGUGCACCUUCUCCUCACAGGUCUGCCGUGUGGCUUAUGAGAUCAUGCAGAUGCUUCAUCCGGACGCCUCCUCCUUCUUCUACUCCCUGGACGAUAUCUACUACUUCGGAGGUCAAAACGCCCACAACCAGAUCGCCAUCUACCCCCACCAGCCGCGCAACAGCGAGGACAUCCCCCUGGAGCCCGGCGACGUCAUCGGCGUGGCCGGAAACCACUGGGACGGAUACUCCAAAGGCAUCAACCGCAAACUGGGCCGCACUGGCCUCUAUCCUUCCUACAAGGUCAGGGAGAAAAUCGAGACGGUGAAGUAUCCGACGUACCCGGAGGCGGACAAACUGCUCAACUCUCAAAGGAAGUAAAAAAAAAAAAAGACGACAUGAAAAAAAAAUAAAGGAGGAAGAAGAAGAGCACGCAGACUCCGAUUCCAGGGAAGGAGGCUGCUUUUGUACAGAAGAGAGAGGCGUUGUUAGUGCUCUUACCUGAGAAGAAAAGAAAAGAAAAAGCCUGUACCCAGGGGUGAUCGAAAGAGAAUGCACUCUCUGUGUUUUUGUGAGAGAGUGUGUGUGUGCGAAUGCGCGUGUGUGUGUGUCUGUGCACUUGUGUAAAUGCCUGUGCAUAUGUCGGGUCAUGGCAGACUUGCACCCUACCACUACUCCCCCGCCUGGCGCUGUGACGUCAGGUCUGUAGAGAUGUAGACGUGAACAUUGAUUUUAAGUAAAAAGCAAGAAAACAAUUCAAAUCCACACAACUGACCGAGCUUGCUCGCUCUCUCUCUCUCUCUCUCUCUCUCUCUCUCUCCCGGGACACGACGCCUGGGACUACUGUAAGACUGGCACACCCCGGAGUUAGCUUUGAAAUCGAUGACUUUAAGAAAAAAAAAUGACAAACUGGAAAAAGUGUUUGAUUUUUAUUUAAUUCUUUUCAGUGGUUUUGGAUUUUGAUCUUGCCUCUUUUUUUUGUUUCUUCUUCUCCUGUUUUAUUUUUGUUGACUGAAUGUACUGUAUCCUCUUCUUGCCAUGCUCACAGCUGCCCCCCCCCCCCCCCCCCCCCCCAAACACACAGACACCUCCUCCUGCUGCUCCUCCUCCACUCACUGUGCUUCCUUUAUCUCGUCUCUACAUGUGCAAUUAAUUUUUUUUUUUAAACCAUAUUGUGCUUUUAUGGAGUGUUUUUAAACGGUCUUAAUUUUGUGUGUAUGGGGCUUGUGCAUUGUAUACUGUACAGUGUGUGUAUGUGUGUGUGUGUGUGUGUGCGUGUGUGGAUGGGUGUGUGUGUGUGUGUGUGUGUGUGUGUGAGAUAAAGUAUGCCUGUGUUAAAGUCUAAGGGGCCAUGUCACGACCUGGUGCCUGGUUAGUUGAUGAUCAGUGUGUUUGUUUGUCUUAUUUUUCCCGCUUUCCUCCCAACUUAAUAGUGUUUGUGUGUCCAGCGGGAGACUGGCAGUGACAGAGGGGGCUGACUCCGCCCCCUCCCCAGCACUUGGAACAAUGGUGAACUCCAGUCACUCCGCUGGUGACCUCUAGUGAACAAUGGUAAGAUUAUGUGGAGUACGGUGAACUCAUGGUGCACGCAAACACACGCAGUCACAGGAGCCGUCCACUGAAAAAAAAGAAGCACUCCACUGAGAAAAUGUCCUUUUUAUCCAGCAUCUCUGCUGUCUCUUCUGUCCAUCCGUUCCUUUGUUUUUUUACAAUAAUGCCUAUGUUUAAAAAUGAUAAUGCUAUAUCAUAUCAACAAAACUCCCCCCCCCCCCAUCAUGAAGGUUUUUUUUUUUUCAUAACUUAUGUUCUCGGGCAUUGUCUUUGAUAACCACAGAUCGAAUAAACUUGAGAAACCAACACAGUA